CAAUCUCUCUGGGGCCAGAAACCAGAUGGGUGGGUUAAAAGUUAAAACCCGAACCCGGAGUUUCCUGUAAUAAAAGUUUUGCUUGCUUGCUUCAUCGCUAUAACUUGCUCAAAUCUCUAUUCUCUAACGCACAAAAACCUCUGAAUCGAAUCGAGUGAGAAACCAGAGUUGGGGUUUGAUUCCUUGUACGUUGCUUUGAGGACGCACACAAGAAAGUUCUUGGAUUGAGAGAAACAACAAUGGACUUUAAAGGUAUCACAUGGGUUGGGAAUGUCUACCAGAAGUUCGAAGCAAUGUGCUUAGAGGUUGAAGAAAUCAUCGUCCAGGACACAGCUAAGUACGUUGAGAACCAAGUUCAGACGGUUGGGAACUCCGUGAAGAGAUUCUGUUCUGAGGUGGCUCAAGAUUUGCGUCCCGUUGACUCACCUGUUUCUACGUUACAUGAAUACGCUCCUGUUUGCUCUUCCUUCAAAAAGAAAAGAGAAGAACAAGAUGUAACUGAGGGGAAGAAGGAUGGAUGUGCGAUGGAACUCCGUGGUCUUGACGCAGAUGACUACGAUAUAUGUACUUCUCCAAGGCAGCAUGGUUACGGAGGUCCGUAUAGAAGGACAAGACUCGGUCGCAAACAAGGGUUUAAGAAAGAAGUCACCAGGCCUUACUUACAGAAAGACUCAACUAGUUUAUCAAUGGUUCAUAGAACUCGUCUCAGAAACGUUGUUGGAACUGUAAAGUCAAGUGAAAAUGGAAGCGACAAUCAACACAGUCUAACAGUGGUUGAUUCUGUUAGAAGUCAAUAUUCAGAGACGAAGACCAAAGAUGAACACGGUCCUGAAGUGGCUAAUUCUGUUAGGAGUAAAGAUUCAGUGAUUCAACCAUCUGUUCCCAUAAGCUUAUCUUCAGGAUCUGAUGAUUGUAGAGAGGAUGAGGAUCGGAUGAAAACUAGUUCGAGUUCUGUCUCUGAGCAUAAGCCAGAGAUUCUUCAAGGGCUUAGUGGAAGAUCAGUUGAAGAAAGCUGUAUCAUUGUGGAUAGAGACGAGUUGCAUUGUGUUUUUCCUAACAAGGAGGAGAAUGACAAACACAACCCUUACAAGAAGAUCAGAGAUGCUAUAUCUUCAAGAAUGAAGCAAAACAGAGAACAAGAAUACAAGCGACUUGCUCGUCAAUGGUACGCAGAAGAUGUCGAGAAUCCGAAACAGAUUGAGGAAGAUCAAUCAUCAGAAGAAUCUGAAUGGGAGCUUCUGUAAAAUGUUAGUGGUUUACACAUAUAAUUAAAGUAAGUAAGCACUCUCUUUGUAUAUAAAGAAUGUCUAAGCAAAACAUAAGAAGCAGCCUUUAAAGGCUUCCUCUGGUUACAUAAUGAAUAAGCCUCCUCAUCUUUAUCAAAGUCAUGAUCUCGUGUACAUGUAUAAUCUUUCCCAUGGGGUGGUUGUGUAAUUAUUGUUUUCGUGUUUCGUCUAUUUUACAUUUCCAUUUUGUUCCAUAUGAAGGACCACUCCAAUU